AUGGCGCAAUCAGGGUACUCGAAUCCGCUCAAGAAGUUCAAGUUGGUCUUCUUGGGCGAGCAGAGUGUGGGCAAAACCUCCCUCAUCACACGCUUCAUGUACGACUCAUUCGACAAUACAUACCAAGCCACCAUCGGCAUAGACUUCUUGUCAAAGACAAUGUACCUCGAAGACCGCACCGUCCGCCUCCAACUCUGGGACACAGCCGGCCAAGAACGAUUCCGCUCCCUGAUCCCUUCGUACAUCCGCGACUCAAGCGUGGCCGUCGUAGUGUAUGACAUCACCAACAAGAAGACGUUUGAAAACACACGCAAAUGGGUCGACGACGUGCGCAGCGAGCGCAGCAACGACGUCAUCAUUGUGCUUGUUGGCAACAAGACGGAUCUUAACGACAAGCGGGAAGUCACGACGGCGCAGGGCGAAGAGGAGGCCAAGAAAAACAAUCUCAUGUUCAUUGAGACGAGCGCAAAGGUGGGGCAUAAUGUAAAGGCGCUGUUCAAGAGGAUUGCGCAGGCGUUGCCAGGCAUGGAAGGCGAGGGGCAACAGGGACAGAGUCAAACCAGCCACCGACAGACAGCUCGUGCUCUUGCUGAAAGACAGUUUGGACAUGGCAUCAUUACAUCGACAUUCUAG